UAUUUUUUUAGUCGCGGAUCGCAUACGUCCAGCGAUCAACGCCGCCGUGCAAUGACAAGACCGACUCUCUCACCUGUCGAGUUAUCCUACCAAGCUCUCAACCCAAUUCCUUUCCUUUCUCCUCCCAGCCUCCCAAUGUUAGUGAAGCCGUAGCGAGACCGACGAAUCCUUUCCCGCAGCUGUAGAUACACGGCUGCGUACAUCCGAGUCAAGCCCUUAGGCCUAGAUGUCACAUUUGCAUCUCAACAUCUGGCCGCCAGGAUUACACUAUGUUGAGAGGUAGGCUUGGAAAGCGGGACACCUCCAUCUGUGCAUUCUGCCAACAUAGGAUCUACCUCCUGCGACAGCCUGCCUCGCCACAGCACCAUCCCUUCUCCGUCACAAGACGAUGUGGACUAUCUCUGACUUCUCCCCUGCCCUUACGUACGGCCACCAACUCCACGCCCUACCGCUCUUUUAGUUCCUCUCCAACAGCGAAUAAUAAUGAACUGGCUACUCCCGCGCCAGCGGCUACUGGAAGGCCAAAGUUCAUUUUCAGAAGAGCAAAGGCACCCCAAGAAGAUGAUCUAGCUCCUCACGAAGCGGCGGCGAGAGAAAAGCUCCUCCUCGAGAAACAACCGACAGCACUGCGCGAUAAUACGCCGCGUCGCGGAUUGCCGGAGAGAAGACCGGUUCCCCCUGGGCAAGAUCCAAGACUAAUCCAUCAGUUCGAGAAGCGCGCGGCGAUUGAGAGACAUUUAAAGGCACAAACGUCCAAGAGUUAUGGCGAUACCAGCAUGCUAGGGCGGAAGACACCCACGCUUCCCGCGAUAUCCCUCUCCCGUACCAACCCCGGGUCGAACUACUCAAUUAGAUACGAACUUGGCAGCAAGUCUAUCGCUGAUCGGACUUCUCUUGAAUCAAAUAGUUUUUUUAGACGCGUUGGGCAUCGGCCGGAUCCCCCUCUUCGGAAAAUUCCUGCAAGGGACGUGCCUUUAAAUCCACCACCGGCGAUGGAGCCACCUCCCAAAGUCGACUUAUCAGGUCUCCUGGGAUCUGAAGUGUUUUUGCAGCGGUCUAACAACGCCGCAGGGAAUUCGGCAAUGGAAUCUCUGCCGUCACAGACAGGAGGGGUUAAGCAGGCCAACACAAGACUCGACAAAUCCACAGUCGGCUCUGCACCUCAAAACGUCAAUAGUGCAAUAGCGCCGUCAGGUGGUUUUGAUGCGCUGGAAAUUGCAGCUGCGAUCGACGCCGAGACAAAAUACGCCGAUAAGAGCGAAUGGAAACAAUUGGCGCGAAAACCCGCCAGACAAGUGAACCUAGACAAUGAUAUCAUGAGCUUCACUGGAGACGCUAUAGCUGAGUCCCAACCAGAACGCUCUAAUCCUCAUGGCUCGAAUAAAACAUUGUCAGAUUCGAGGGCUAUCAGAAAAGACGACAAUACUACUGACAACUGGGGUUCCAAAGGCUUUGAUGAUUCAAUACCUCAAGCACCUCCACAUCACGGUGGUCAUGAAACUGAAAAAAAUAGACGAUGGGAUCUAUUUGAGCGGGAACAAAAAACCAACAAGAGACGAGAUGGGAAGCGCGCCCAACGAGCGUCUCGGUUCGAAGAUGAUGAAGAUGGUGCAGAUGCUUAUGAUGAGUAUCAAGACAGGCUUCGGCAAAAGGAGCUGCGCAAGGCAGAGCGAGAAGCCAAACGGACCGAGCCUAUCCCCAUUAUUUUACCUGAACUAAUAAGUAUAACGGCGUUUGCCAAUGCCCUCAAAAUUCGACCAGACGACUUUCUCGUUCAACUUGGCGAGCUUGGUUUUGAAGGAGUAAAUUUGGAUAGUCUAAUGGCUGGUGAAACGGCAGCCCUAGUGGCGCAGGAGUAUGGAUAUGAGCCAAUUGUUGAUACUGGCGACAGUCAAGAUCUCAAACCAAGACCUCUACCGACAGAUCUCUCGCUGCUCCCCCCACGGCCACCCGUUGUAACGAUUAUGGGUCACGUGGACCACGGCAAGACGACAAUACUUGACUACCUACGCAAAUCCUCAGUGGCAGCACAAGAGCAUGGAGGCAUCACACAACAUAUUGGUGCUUUCUCAGUGAAGUUAUCGUCAGGCAAACCUAUAACCUUUCUUGAUACUCCUGGACACGCUGCUUUCCUGACCAUGAGGCAACGUGGGGCUAAUGUCACCGAUAUUGUUGUUUUGGUUGUUGCUGCAGACGAUAGCGUCAAACCCCAGACUCUCGAGGCUCUGAAACAUGCACGUGCUGCUAAAGUACCUAUUAUUGUCGCUAUAAACAAAAUCGAUAAAGAUGGGGCUCGCGUUGACGCAGUCAAGCAUGAUCUAGCUAAUGCAGGCGUUGAAAUCGAAGAUUUCGGGGGGGAUGUCCAAGUCGUUUGUGUAAGCGGCAAGACAGGCCAAGGCAUGGAUGAUCUAGAGGAGAAUAUCCUCACUCUCUCUGAGAUUCUAGAUCACAGAGCGGAACUUGAUGGCGCUGCGGAGGGUUGGGUAUUGGAAAGUAGUCUCAAGCCUACGGGCAAGGUUGCCACCGUGCUUGUCAAACGUGGCACUCUACGGCCCGGUGAUUACAUCGCGGCAGGUCUUAGUUGGGCAAAGAUUCGACAUCUUCGUAACGAGGCUGGAAUCGAGAUUUCCGAAGCACCACCUGGUACACCCGUCGAGAUUCUAGGCUGGCGAGAUCUUCCUGCAGCAGGAGACCAGGUCCUUCAGUCUCCCGAUGAAGAGAAAGCCAAGGCAGCUGUAUCUUACCGUGAAGGGAUCCGUGAUCGGGAAAAGGACGCUGCUGAAUACGAAGCUAUCACCGAGGCACGUAAGGCUCUGCAAGAUAAGCGCGCGAAUGAUAAAACGACCACCGAGCACGGUACAGGUGUGCAGGAAGUCCUUCCGGAUGAAGAGGAUGGCGCUAAAAUGGUCAACUUCGUCGUGAAAGGUGAUGUCCACGGAUCUGUGGAGGCUGUUUGCGCUGUGAUACAAGGGCUCGGUAAUCACGAAGUGCGACCACGAGUCCUACGCUCAGCAACAGGACCCAUAACCGAAUUCGAUGUCGACCAUGCGGCGACGUCGAAAUCAGUGCUUGUUAACUUUUCCACCACAACACCGGGGCAUGUCCAACGAAUGGCGGAAGAGCAGGGUGUUCGCAUCCUUGACCACACUGUCAUCUACCAUCUCGUUGAUGACGUUAAGGCAAACAUGAAUGAAUACCUUUCCCCUGAAAUCAGUACACGUGUGCUUGGCGAGGCCGAAGUCCUUCAGAUCUUUCCAAUCAAUCUUCGGGGCCGUGUUUACAAGAACAUCGCUGGCUGUCGCGUGCGUAACGGGGCUGUAGGCAAGAAUAACUUAUAUCGUGUGAUGCGAAAUGGAGAAGUCGUCUUUGAUGGCAAACUCGAAACCUUGAAAAAUGUCAAGAAAGAUGUCAUGGAAAUGCGUAAAGGUACAGAGUGUGGCAUGGGCUUUGAAGAGUUCCAGGACCUCAAAGUCGGUGACCAAAUCCAAGCCUACGAGGAAGUUCGCACCGCGCGGAGCUUAUAGUGGGUUACCCAGCUUCGAUCGUGUUCAUGACCUUAGAUUAUGUGUCUAUCUAGGGUCUCAAUUGACCAGGCAUGCAACGAGGGGACGAGCCCUGAGUAUCUGUACAAAAGAAACACUAAUGUGAGAUGGGAUAUGCCAGAUUGAGGUCUACACAGCGUGCAUGAUUUGGUGGACAACUGGGCAUGACAUAAACGGCGUCCGGGUGAAGAAUACCUUGAAUUAUGUAUAUUAGACGUGUACAUGGCGAUUAUAGGGCAUGAGGCAGUAGAAACGGGUUACAUGGCGUGAUAUACAGGCACACAAUAUGUGGUGCUGCCACCAGUUGUGUCAGACACAUACUUACUUACCUACUCCUCCUAUAUUACAUGAUCUCCCCUACUGUUGACGAUUAACGUUCAUAAUAAAGCGCUUGUUAAUGCGUGGGCGUGACUCUCUGCGGGGAAACCGAGGAGCUUUUUGAUGGAUAAUGGAGAAUAGAACUUCAACUCCCUGUUGUUGCCUAUAGGUACACUAGGCACCCAGGUUAGAUAUCUUGUAGAGUUGCCUAAUCUGCAGUCCUAUUGUCUGCGUGUACUAAGUAAGAAUCAGCUGGAC